AGUCUGAAUGAUGUGCAAGCCUUAUUUUUUGUGAAGGGCACAUUGGCUUGAUUCAGAAGAAAUGUAUCACCGUGGAGGAGACAGGGGAUGGCAUCGUGGACACCCCCAGCGAGAUAUUCCUCCACCUAGAAGUCAUCGCUCCAGGCCAUACAGAGGAGGCUACCAUGAUCACAGGGAACACGACAACUAUGGGUCAUAUCAUGACAAUUCAUUUAAUGAAUAUCGAGAGCAUAGAGAACCUGUAUACAACAGAGGGGGCCGUCAUGAUGGUAGCUAUCGAAAAGACACAUAUUAUCGUGGUGGCUACCAACGAGGACAGGGAGAACCUUCUCGAUAUCGGGGCAAUGUCCCAGAGACUCCACAUAAGAAAUAUUCCCAUAAGCCCGUAAAAGCCCAUAAGAAUGAAAAUGAAAUUCGAGGGAAUACCAGUACACCACAACCUGCACAAAAAGUGAUCCAUAAUCCCGGUCGUACUGUUGUAACAUUAACACCAGGCAUAAGUGAGGAUGAAAGUGAAGCAACGCCCUCCAAAGAGAAAAGCCCUGAAGAAGAAAACUACCGUCAGGUGCAUGAGGCCUUAUAUGUGUAUUCAAAUGUAUCGCAGAAUGAAAGUGAGACAAGCUCCUCCAAAAAGAAAAACCCUGAAGAUGAUCCCAGUCCCCCACAAGACUGUGAGAAGCUUUCACAGGAGACUGCAAAGCUAGCUAACAAAGAUGUAAAGGUAGACACUGUGAUAAAAGAAGAAAUCACAAGCCCGCUUUCUGAUCAGAGAAAUGAAAUGCUACCUGCAUGUAAUAUAAAGACAGAGAUCACAGAAUCCAAGAUAGAGGAGAUGCCUCAAACUGAGCAAAUUGCACAGGCAAUAGAACUGCCAACAAGUGUGAAUCCUGGAAAAAGGUCUCAUUCAGAGGUGGAGGAUUUCGGCGUCUCUCUGGAACAAAGGGAAGCAGAAUCAUUUGUGGUAAAGAGACUAUGCGGGAACCAGGAUAGAGAUGAAGAGAAGACUGAUCAGAUCCCUCUGCUGGGCUGCUGGGGGGAUAUUCCAUCAGAGUCUGUGGUGUCUGCUAGCACCACUGAACAAGAGCACACAGGAUCUGUGAAUUUUAAGCUGCCCGACACUGCACAAGAACUUCGUACAGCCUUUAUCUUGGCAAGAAAAGAACAGAUUGAAGUGGCCUUUGCUCAAGACUGCAAAACGUUUUCCUUUGUUGCCAGCACCUUACUGAAAAAAGAUCCCUCUAUGGAGACUGCUGUGAUAAGUGCCCUGCGCUCCAGCCUGCAGGAGAUGGCUGGACUCUGUGUGCAAGAACUGAAUAACUUUAUAGACCAAUAUGACUCGUCUGUCGGCUGAUGUCUUAGGGUUAAUAAUCUUGUCCAUUUCUUCUCACUAUUUCCCAGUCAACAAGAAAGCUUGCAGACUGGGAACUGACUUGUGUUUUCUUCCUGUGAAAUAAACAGUGUUUUGUUAGAUUUUCCAAAGAAUUCUGCCCCACAGAAUAAGUAGGGUGAAAAAUGUAAGAAAUAAUGGUAUGUUGUAAAAGACUGUCUAAUCUAUCCCAUAUAUAAUUAUGUUAUGCAGGGAAUGAGCCAGAGUUAUUUGUAUUAAAGGUUUGAUACACA